CUGUCUGCUAUCACCACUUCGAUUCAUGGUCGAAUGGAAACGCGUCUUUUUUUGGCGGCACUACGAAUGUAUUUGCCGGUAUUUUUCUUCAUUUGCGUUCUGAACGGCGUUCAACAAUAUGGUGCUGAAAACUGAUAAUCCCGCGGAGUCUUUACUGUCGGAGCCUAACAAAGGACUAGCGCAGACGUUCGAGAGGAAGAGACUUGAGUACAAAGACUCGAGUGCUGUAUUUUUUCAGGAAUCCGGAGAUUUUUCAAAACAGUUCGCGCACGUGUACUCUGUUCGGCUCGCCGAGCUAAGGACGGUUCUUUCAGAACUGGUCUCUGUGAAAUGGCAGAAACUUAAAAUUACGAGGCUAGCGGAUCUGGAAAAAUUGGAACACAGGAGAUGCAUUGUGAUCGGCACGUUGUUCAAACAUCAGCAAUGGAAACCAUCGAUUUUAAGGGAACUAAGCGAUGAACAUCAGUUGACUCACCAGGUAUCUAGAGAAAAUUAUUGCUCCGAAGACGAUCAAGCUUUCCUCGAGGACGAGAUGCUCCGUGUCAAACUAGUGGGAAGUUGCGUCGAUAUUAAAAAUAUAAUCACCGGUGUAGUUUGCGCAGUGAUAGGCCAUGAAAAAGAAGAUGGCACUUUCCUUGUUGAGAAUUUCUAUUUUCCUGGGCACAUACCCAAAAGUCCUGCAUCGUACUCUGCUAGUCAAGGAAAAUUACUUUUCAUCUCUGGGCUGGAUAUGACUACUGGUGAUAACUUACAGCUUAAUCUUUUAAACGAAUGGAUAUGCGGCAUGAUCGGCGAUCCUAAUUCACAAAACAAGGUGUCAUCCAUUGUCCGAGUCAUUAUAGCAGGAAACAGCGUGAGAUCUUCUGCGAUGGCUCACCAUAGUAAAGGGCACAUGGAAGGAAGGGCUCAAGAUAUCAUGUUUGCUAAAGAAGUGUCUGAUUCUACGAAGCGAUUGGAUGAAUUUCUUAAAACAAUUGUAGAAUGUUGUAGCGUUACUCUAAUGCCAGGUCAACACGAUCCUACCAAUGUUAUGAUACCACAGAGAGUGUUACAUCCUUGCCUAUUGCCAAUAACAUCCAGACACAAGAAUUUCCGAGGUGGCUCUAAUCCAUGGAUUGGAAAAGUUGGCUCCCGUGUAGUAAUGGGAUCCAGUGGACAACCGAUUAAAGACAUCAUGAAAGUAAGUGGUGUUACAAGUGUAACUGCUCUGGAAUGGCUUGAAAGAACACUCGAAUGGAGACAUUUAUGCCCAACCGCACCAGACACUUUACCUUCGUUUCCUUACUGUGAGAAAGAUUCGUUCAUAAUGAACGUUUCCCCCGAUGUGUAUUUCAUGGGUAAUGCAAAUAAAUUUGAAACAAAAUUAGUAACAGGAAUUGAAAACCAGAAAACCAGGUUGGUGUGCAUCCCACGUUUUUAUCAGACAAAAACAGUGAUUUUAGUAGAUAUGGAAUCCUUGGAUGUUCAGCCAAUUUCAUUUGGUGCUAAAUUAUAAUAGAGUAUACUUUUUAAUAUUUUUCACAUGGUAGAAUAUAUUUAUGUAUUAAAAGUCAUGUUGGCAAACAUCUAUUUACAUUAAAAAUAUUUUUAUAAAUCA